UGGGACUUCCGGCGUUGCGUAGACGCAGCCAGAAAGCUGCUGCUGGGGGUUGCUGUAUAGCUCGAUGUCGGCGCUGCGGCACGUCGUGUGCGCCCUGUCUGGCGGCGUGGACAGCGCGGUGGCCGCGCUGCUGUUGCGGCGGAGAGUUUUUAAUGGAGCCUCAGCCGUGGAUCACCUUCCCCGAGGCACGUGCGGUGCAGAGGCGCGGGCAAGGAGCCUGGAUUUGGGUUACCAGGUGACAGGGGUAUUUAUGAAGAACUGGGACUCACUGGAUGAGCAGGGCGUCUGUGCUGCUGACAAGGACUGUGAAGAUGCGUAUAAAGUUUGUCAGAUCUUAGACAUCCCUUUCCACCAGGUGUCCUAUGUGAAGGAGUAUUGGAAUGAUGUGUUCAGUGACUUUUUGAAUGAAUAUGAGAAAGGAAGGACUCCCAACCCCGACAUCAACUGCAAUAAGCAUAUCAAGUUCAGUUGCUUUUAUCAUUAUGCUGUGGACAAUCUUGGAGCGGAUGCUGUUGCCACUGGCCACUAUGCCAGGACCUCACUGGAGGAUGAGGAAGUCUUUGAGCAAAAGCAUAUUAAGAGACCAGAUGGGCUGUUCAGAAAUCGAUUUGAAGUCAGAAACCCCGUAAAACUUCUCCAAGCAGCUGACAGCUUUAAAGACCAGACCUUCUUUCUCAGCCAGGUUUCCCAGGAUGCCCUGAGAAGAACCAUCUUCCCCCUGGGGGAAUUAACAAAAGAUUUUGUAAAGAAAAUAGCCGCAGAGCAUAGACUGCAUCAUGUGCUUCAGAAGAGAGAGAGCAUGGGAAUCUGCUUCAUUGGUAAGAGAAACUUGGAGCAUUUCCUUCUUCAGUAUUUGCAGCCUCGGCCUGGAAAGUUUAUUUCUAUCGAGGAUAAUACAGUUCUGGGCACACAUAAAGGCUGGUUCCUGUACACUUUGGGACAGAGAGCUAAGAUCAGCGGCUUGAGGGAGCCCUGGUACGUGGUGGAGAAGGAUGGCACCAAGGGUGACGUGCUUGUGGCUCCCCGGGUGGACCACCCCGCUCUGUACCGGGACCUGCUCAGGACCAACCGGGUCCACUGGAUUGCUGAGGAACCGCCCGCUGCCUUGGUCAGAGACAAGAUGAUGGAGUGCCAUUUCCGAUUCCGCCACCAGAUGGCACUAGUGCCCUGUGUACUGACGCUCAAUCAGGAUGGUACUGUGUGGGUGACAGCUGUGAAGGCUGUGAGGGGCCUUGCCUUGGGACAGUUUGCAGUGUUCUACAAGGGUGAGGAGUGCCUCGGCAGUGGGAAAAUCCUGCGGUUGGGGCCGUCUGCCUAUACACUCCAGAAGGGCAAGAACAGGACCAGAGUGGCUCCCGAGGUCUCCAGUGACAGCCCAGGCCUGCACCCUACAUCCUGACAAAAGCUAAGGAGGAGGUGUUCGAGCAGAGUCUGUGGCAGGAUGGUCAGUGAUGGUGCUGCCAGGAUCAAUGGGCGGCUGGCUGCAGAGCCAAGGCAGCCUGAGGAGGGAGUGUCUGCACUGCUGCUGCAGGAACCAGAGCACGCGCUGGCUGCUGGUCUGCCUGAGGGCCCAGAUGGAGCUGCUCUUCACAGCAUCCAGAGGCCGAGGCGCAGGAACAGCAUCAAAUAAAACUGUCAAAGUCUGA